AUGCAAACGAUUGCGAAACGCGAUGUAACGAUAACUUGUGUGGCGCUCGCUGCGCUGUUACUACUUGGCUGUUUCUCGUUCUGCUGUCGCAUCGGGGGCGCUCGCAGUAGCCAGAAAGAAGAGGAUCUUGAGACGGAGCUACUGAAGGUAUCUUCACGCUCAGUCAAGAAGCUGGAGUUCCGUAACAUCAGCUGCUUUGCCAGUGUCGACAAGAAGUCUACCGAGCAAAAGACCAUCUUGAACCAGAUCUCUGAAAGCGUCUCACGUGGCCAAGUGCUCGGUCUAUUGGGGCCUAGUGGAUCCGGCAAGACAACGCUGUUGAACGCUCUUGCAGCUAUGCAAAACGGUACCUCCAAGUUCACUGGAGAGCUCUUACUGGACGGUAACAAGGUGACCAAGGAAUACCGACGUAUCGCUGCGUACGUGCAACAAGAUGACACGCUUUUCUCGACGCUUACAGUCCGCGAGUGUAUCGCGUACUCGGCUCAACUGCGCCUUCCAAUAUCAAUGACCGACUCGGCCAAGUCUGCGAUGGUUCACCGGGUUAUUACGGAACUUAACCUCAGUCACGUUGCCAACUCUCGUAUUGGCUCGGUGGGUGGGAGCACCUCUGAACGAGGCAUUUCUGGCGGUGAGAGACGUCGCGUGAGUAUCGGUAUGGAACUGGUAACGUCGCCGCAGAUCCUCAUCUUGGACGAACCUACUUCCGGAUUGGACAGUUCGUCGGCCCACUCGGUUGUGAAGCUUAUUAAGGAGUUGGCCAGUCACGAUCGCAUUGUAAUUCUGAGUAUCCACCAGCCAAGUUCUCGGUCCUUCCUACUACUUGACAAGAUCAUGUUGCUAGGAAAAGGACAACUGCUGUACAGUGGCAAACCUGCGGACUCGAAGCAGUAUUUCCAUGAGCUUGGCUUCAAGUGUCCCGAAGAUGACAACGUCGCCGACUUCAUCCUCGAUGUAGCCAUCGAAAACAACAACUUGCCUAUUGUCCAGUCCAAACAGGACAAUACCGUCCCUGAAAAAGUAGCUGUGUCAGUGAACUCCACUGAACCGGAGGAGUUUUCUCCUAAGACUCCUAUUGGCAGUCCAUUGUACGAACCAGACUCAUCCCCGUUCAUGUUUGAAGAUAGCUCUGAGUCGAGGAGCUUAGUGGCUUCGUUCCAGUCGAGUAUGAUCCAGAUCCGCGUGCUGUUCACGCGUACAGCUCAGAAUAUCUUCCGUCACCGCUCAUUGUUGGUCCAGCAUGUUGUGCUGAGCUUGGUGCUCGCUCUGUUUGGCGGUUUGAUCUUCAACAACGUAUCGGACAACCUGGCCGGCUUUCAGAACCGCAUGGGCGCAUUCUACUUCAUUCUGACGUUUUUCGGCUUCGCAAGUAUGAGCUCCAUGGAUUUAUUCAUCUCUGAACGUCCGAUUUUCCUUCGUGAGACUGGAGCCAUGUAUUAUGGAGCUUUUAGCUAUUUCUUAGCUAAAAUGACGCUCGACUCGUUACUGCUUCGAGUGCUUCCAGCAUCGAUCUUUGCUUGCAUUUUCUACUGGAUCAUGGCGCUCCAGGCUUCGGCUGAUCGCUUCUUGCUCUUCUGGUUGACUCUGGUGCUGUUUAACGUAGCGGCGGGGUCGAUCUGUCUGCUUGUUGGAGUAUUGUCGAGACGUGUUGGAUCAGCCAAUCUUGCUGCUACGGUGGUACUGUUGAUCAUGCUGCUGUUCGGUGGCUUCCUGCUCAACUCGGAGACGAUGCCAGACUCGGUUGGUUGGCUCAAACACUUGUCCAUUUUCGGCUACGCGUUCGAGAUCCUGAUGGCCAACGAGUUAGAAGGAAUCGUCUUGUCAUUUGAUGCUCCGGGAUACCCGGCUGUUCCAGUGUAUGGCGAAGUGUACCUUAAGACGCUGGGGAUGGACUACACCCAGCGCUACUAUGACGUGGCGGCACUUGCGUUGAUCGCUAUCGUUCUGCAAUUGGUGGCGUACUUGUUCUUGUCGCUGCAAGUCCCAAGGCACCGUGCCAUGGCUCACUAUGGUAAGAACGAUGGCGUGACUGCCUCUGGAGGCAAGGAGGAAGGAUAUGAAGCGUGCAGCUCGGGUCGCAUUCGACAGUGA